GUCAAACCUGCAGAGACAAGCAUAUCGUCAAAAUCAGUCAUUCAUUCAGAGGAUUUUCAUUAAAGCAUUGCUAGGUAAAUAACUGCUAUAGUUGCCCAAACAAUCAAUACUUACAAACAAAGUAGCUGUAUGGUCAUUUGCCAUGCUUUUAUGUUACAGUAGAGGGGGGAAAUGUGUGGCCUGUCUCUUUAAAAAGGGGCGGUCCUAACUGAAUUCCUGGCUUGGGAGGAAGCAGGAAGUUUCUACCCCUGCGUGUGGCUGCUCUUCCAGCGGUCUGAGUGUCUGCCAGCAACAGCCUCUCAACAGGCAGGGAGUCUCGGACUUUCCAGGCACAGGUGAGGGAGGUGGUGGAGGAAGUGAUGAUGACUGGCGUGCUGAACCCAAGUCACUACCCUGCCCGCCGGGCAGCCACGGUGGUCCAACACUACCUGAACACCCGCUACGGCUCACCCUACAGGUGGAUAUUUCUCAGCAAAGUACACAGGGGCAGCGCAGAGGAUGUGGCAGAGAUGAGGAAGUAUCAACUGGAGCUUACCAUGCAGGAAAUUAUCAGUAACGUUUCGGGGCAGUGCUCUGCAGAGCUCCUCUUUCCAGGAGGAGAGGGGCAGAGUGCUCCCCAGGUCCAGGCCUCAUGUGAGGAACUGCUUCAAAGCAACACCACGGCUCAGGAAGAGGCCUUCUACCAGCAACACAGAGCCAGCAAUAACAUGGUGUCAGGAAACGAUAUACCAGACAGCUACGGUCACAUGGAGCCCAACAUGAAGCCCUUCUGGCACCUUGGGGGUGUGGCCUCCAGUUUCAUCAUGCUGAGGGAGUCCAAUGAGAGCACGCUUUACAACAUGGCCCAGGUGGCCAACUUCACACAGCUGGAGACCGAGGACGACCAGCUGAGGGUUAACUACCAUGUCCUGCUGCAUGAAAUGAUUUCCCAGGAGAUCAUCCACUGGAAGCUGCUAGUCACCUGGUCCCCAGAACAGGGAGUUCAAGUCCUGCAGACUGAGCUGCAGCCAAAGUGCCACAACUGCGAGGCUCCUCCAAACACCACCAACUGAGAUACACGGCAAAAAUACUCCUCAACCUUACUCAAAGUGCUGCAAAGAAAAGUAUAGCACAUCUUUCUUAGGACUUGAACAAGCCACUUUCUACCUGCUUUGAAAAGCUGAGCUUUACACAUUACACUCGUCUUAGCUUUAGUAAUAAUGUUUCCCUUCGCCACUACUGCGUCAGAGGAGAGGAUAGGGCACACGCCAAUGGCCUUACUGCAGCUAUGCGAAUGCACUGCUUUUACGGCGUCGGCUUGUAAGACGCUUGGUAAAAUAUAACACGUUUGUAAAAGCGUUUUCUGUUAAUAUACUCUUGAUGAAGUAAAGGGGUCUAAUAAAUCCAGGGUCGGCCCUCCGGCGCCCCUGAUUGGCUACUACACCGCCCUCCGACACCCCGGCCAUCAGUUCAUAGCGUUGACGCAGUUCUCACCCCCACUCCAUUCCCGCUUCUCCCGAAGUUCACUCCCACUUUCCUUGGUAGCUAUGGUGAUGUGUGUGUUUAUACGGGAUUAUCCAAUUGUGAAACAUUAAUAAAAAAUAAUCUGCCAAAUAAA